CCUGCGGCUGGCGGCCGAGCCUUGUGCCUCCGCCAUAUUGUCUGUGUGAGGCCGGUGAGGGAGGGAGGCGGCAGGCAGGCGGGCGCCGGGACUGCGGCUGCCUCAGCUGGAAAAUUCCGAGGUUUAAGGCCCACCCUCGUGUUUUGCAUUGACGUUGAAAGCAACACAGAAGUCGGAUCCUUCACCUAGCUUGGCCUGCCAACCUGUCCGACAUGUCAGGACCUGUGCCAAGCAGGGCCAGAGUUUACACAGAUGUAAAUACGCACAGACCCCGCGAAUACUGGGAUUAUGAAUCGCACGUUGUUGAAUGGGGAAAUCAAGACGAUUACCAGCUAGUCCGGAAACUGGGCCGAGGCAAAUACAGUGAAGUCUUCGAAGCCAUCAACAUCACGAAUAACGAAAAAGUAGUUGUUAAAAUCCUGAAGCCUGUGAAAAAGAAGAAAAUCAAGCGUGAAAUCAAAAUCUUGGAGAACUUGCGAGGUGGUCCAAACAUCAUCACCCUUGCGGAUAUAGUGAAAGAUCCGGUGUCUCGGACUCCAGCCUUGGUUUUUGAACAUGUAAACAAUACAGACUUCAAGCAAUUGUACCAAACGUUAACGGACUACGAUAUUCGGUUCUACAUGUAUGAAAUUUUGAAGGCCCUGGAUUAUUGCCACAGUAUGGGAAUUAUGCAUAGAGACGUUAAACCCCACAACGUCAUGAUUGAUCACGAACACAGAAAGCUGCGGCUAAUAGAUUGGGGUUUGGCAGAAUUCUAUCAUCCUGGCCAAGAGUACAACGUUCGAGUGGCUUCCAGAUACUUCAAAGGUCCCGAGCUCCUCGUAGAUUAUCAAAUGUACGAUUACAGUCUGGAUAUGUGGAGCUUGGGUUGCAUGCUCGCCAGCAUGAUCUUCCGGAAGGAGCCCUUUUUCCACGGCCAUGACAAUUACGACCAGUUGGUGAGAAUAGCCAAGGUGCUGGGGACAGAAGACCUGUACGACUACAUCGACAAAUACAAUAUAGAACUUGACCCCCGUUUCAACGAUAUCUUGGGAAGGCACUCCCGUAAGCGAUGGGAACGCUUUGUUCAUAGUGAGAACCAGCACUUGGUCAGUCCGGAGGCCCUGGAUUUCCUAGACAAAUUGCUGCGAUACGAUCACCAGUCUCGGCUCACGGCAAGAGAAGCCAUGGAGCACCCUUACUUUUAUCCCAUAGUGAAGGACCAGGCUCGGAUGAGUUCGGCCAGCAUGCCGGGGAGCAGCACCCCUGUCAGCAGCGCCAGCAUGUUGUCAGGGAUUUCUUCAGUGCCAACGUCUUCACCCCUUGGGCCCCUUGCGGGUUCGCCUGUGAUCUCUGCUGCCAACGCCCUAGGUAUGCCCGUUCCAGCUGCCGCCGGAGCUCAGCAGUAGACGACCGCUGCCCCUCUCCCAGGCGCCUGACCAGAGCCGGGUCGGGCCCAGAAGCCUCUGCUCCGUCCCUCCCCCAGGACAGCAGCUGCUCAAUGCCCAGUGCUGGGGGGAGAGGGAAGGGAGGGGAUGGAAUGCUUUGGAGGAACGAUGUCUGAACAGUUGCUUGUGGAUUUAUAGUAGUUCAGUCAUAAAACAAAAAAAGAUUAUAGGCCGAUUCCCCCCCCCCCUUUUUUUACUUGAACUUUUCGUAACUCAGGAGAAUCCCUGAGAGAACCCACAGCGGAAGUUAUUUUGUGGACGAUUCUGCCUCACUCCACUCACCGUGUCCUGUUCCACCUAAGACGAAGCAGCCCUUGUCUCCGAGCUCUCUCUGUGCUGACUCCGGGCUCUUCCCUUCCUCUGGCUCUUGUCCACCGGGGAUGGGUCGGUGGGAAAGAAAUGCCUGUGCUGCUUCUUCCUGCUAGGAGCUGCCAGAUCUAAGCAGUAAGGUCGGAACGGGAGGGGGGGUCCUUUAAAUACUACCAAUUGAACACCUUUAUAUUCUGCAUCAUAAUUUAGCGGAUGGGUGCAGUGAGAGGAGAUGCCAAUCCCAGAGAGUGCUUAUUGGGAAAAAAACAAAGGCCUGCCAGUUAGGAACUUUCUGUGGAGAAAGCGGGUCUCCUCCCGUGGGCCUCUUGGAUUGCCAGUUAAUUUUUCUCCCCUGCAUGUGUUGUUAAUCCAAAGUCUCCAGGUUACUAAUGCAUUUUAGAGGGGUACCCAGCCGCUACCUCCGUGGAAGGGGUUCUGGCAUAGGGCAAGGUUAUAUAUUCCAAUAAGUGGCUCCCCGCCCCUAUUGAGAGGCCACCGAUUCCCCUUGGCUAGGGAUUCCAGAAAAGAAUUAGUCGCUCUGUUCUUGCGUAAAAAGAAAUUUAAGCUCUUGGCUAUUUUCCGCCUCCCAAACUGGACCACCCAAACUGAUGUGGAGGCUCCAUGUGCCAUGUGAGAGAUGCCCUUGUCUGCUGGAUCGUUUUUUAAAAAAACAAACAAACAUGGUUCACAGUCUUGUAAAUAGACACAGAAGAGAAGGAGCCCGCAGCCCGUGACUCUUUUUAAAAAAGAAGAAAAAGAGAUAGACCUGCCAGAGAUAACCAAUUGUGGAGAACAUCUUCUUUACCCCUGUGUGUGUAUAUAGUAAAUCUUGUCCUUCCUCUGCCAGAUGAUCCAAUGUUGGAAUUCUUUGCUGUAAAUAAACUUUUUUUUUUUUAAUUUAUAAAGGGGUUAGGUUUAAGUUGCUUGUACAGAGGGUUUCACUGAGCCGGCGUCGCAUUCCGUUUCCACGCUUUUGCAGCCUUUAAACCGCGAGCGAGCGUUUGAGGAGCUCAGGCUGUGGUCUUUCUGCGCCUGCAUCUUGCAGAGGCGGGUUGUAGUUAACAAGCGGCACGAAGAAGCGAUGCCUUGCAAGGAGAAUUGCAAGAGCUAAGCGCAAAGGAUCCUUAGCCCUGCCUUUUCCUUUUGCGGCGCCGCCGCACUGGAAUUUUUAGGGUACGGAGGUGGGGAACAAAGGCUCCCCGGUUCUUUGCACCCUGCUGUUUAUGUAGUUCAAGCCACUGGGAGGGGGCGGGAAGCACGCCUGCUCCCUUCGCUUCAGGCUGUCCCCUUUCUACAAUGCUGCAAGAGGCAGAUCUCUCUGGGUGAACCUGAUGAGCUGCUCUUCCAUCGAUAUGCAACUUGGUUUUCUGUUGGGGUUUGGUAGCCAUGUAUUCUCACUGUUUUACUUAGUACCUUUCUUCCUUGGGUUAAGACACUUCGAGGGUAUGGAGUGAGCCGGAACCAACUACAAAAUGAGUAUAGGAUACCGAACAUCCCUCUUGCCCCCCAUCCACCCCAGACUGGAAAAUAAUAUUACAAACUCAUGAAUUCACGUAAUCAUAGAUCUGCUCCUUGCUCUCUGGUGAAGACCCAUGGUGGUGGGUGGACAUGGGGCAUUGCCCUUGCGCCCACGAGAACGUGUUGGCUUGCUCUGGCGAUCUCUGGGAAUCAGGGCACAGCUUGCUGCUCUAGUGUGGAACCUACACAGGACUCUUAAACAGUUGACCAAAUCCCCUUUAGUGUCCCCCCCCCUUUUAAUUUGGUGAGUGGAUAGAAGAGCAGGGCUUUCAUAUGUCCAAGCCCUCCCACACCUCACAGCGGCAGGGGAAGUCUAAUAGGGAGAAACCCACAAACGGCUACGAUGCGUCCCAGUGACCAUCAAACCUUAAGUGCAAAGGCAAGAGUGUUUGGUCCAGGGAGUGACGCAAACUACUUCUCCCCCCACUUCUCCGUAUAAAGUGCUUAACUCCAGUUUAUGCUGCCUCAGUAGGCAAGCAGCGCCACGAAGGCACAAGGAAACUGCAGAUCGUGACAACGUCUGUGUUGUAGAUUACCUCAUCUGUAUACCUUGUAUCAGAACACUUUUUUAAUUUCUCAGCACUUCCUGUCUUUUCUGCAUUGUGUUAGAUGGCAGGGGGAAAAAUAUCAAAUGCCAAUAUAAUAAGCAGUCCUGUUGGCAACUUUAAAAGUUUUUUUUAAAAAUUUUUUAAAAUCUUGUUUGAAGUGAUAUUUUCGGUUGGAAUUUAGAGUUUUGGUUCUUUUCCUUUUGAAAUUAUUGGUUGUAAUUGUAUUGUAAUUGUUAAAAACUAACCCUUAACUGUGCUGGGAAGACGUUGUGCC